UCUUGGCAGACAGCUCAUAGUUGUCUUAGAGGGGGCUGGGACUAUUCCAUGUCAGACUUUCACACAUGGAAUGUCCACUUCCUACUCGAUGUGUACCAAUACCUGUCACAAUCAGCCUGAGGAGACGCUGCAAAAUACAGAUAUUGCAGCAUUUUUCUGCUUCCACUUGUGAGGGAGGAUGAAGUAAGCGACGGGUCGCUGUUUACUGAGAGAAAACUGCCGCACAAAGCCACAAACUGCACCUGGAAAAAUGAUUGUCCUCAAACGCAGACAGGGAUUCUGAGCUGCUCCUCUUACGUGUAACAAAAGGACCAAAAGAAGACUUCAGAAGGACAAUGCUCAGCUUCAGGCUUGUCUACAUUUUCUCAUAUAACCUGUUCCAGUUCUGUGGACACACAUGGAUAUUGGCUAAUACCAUAGCCAGGUUUCUCACAUUCGGUCAAGAUGCCUUAGCAGACACUUUCUACUCUGUUGGCUUUGUGAUGAGUCUUUGCCAGCUGCUCUCCAUCCUCGAGCUUUUCCAUAUUGCAGAUGGGAUUGAGAAAGCCAGACUCCUUCCUCGCUUCAUCCAAGUGAUGGAGAAGAACAUCCUGUUGAUCAUGGUCAUCAUGCUGGAGGAGUUCCAGAGUAAACCAGUUGUGUGUGUCCUGUUCUUCUUGUGGAACACUUUGGACCUAUUACGAUAUCCACACGAGCUGCUGUGUGUAAUGGAUACACCCUCCAUCACCAUGCUGUGGACUCGCUACACACUCUGGAUCCCCUUAUACAUCCUGUCAGUUGCCAUUGAAGGUGUCACUGUAUACCAGGCCCUGCCGUACAUUGAGCCAACGGCAUCAAACUCAGCCAACAUUCACCUCCCCUUCAUCCUGAUGGUCUACCUGCCCGUUCUUGCUCUUGGAGCCUCCGUAACAGUCUGGCAGCUGCUGAAGGAGAGACAACACCGCCUAGAGAAAUGGGACCGGAAGAUGAAAAGGAAAUGAUACAUUUAGUCAAAGAACUGAAUGGUUGGACGAUUCAAGUCUUCCAGUAACUUCAUCUGAAGUUCAGAUUUUUUUUUGAAAAGAUAAUGAAAAGAUAAUGUUUUAAUUCAGGAAGCCACGAAAAUCAAAUUGCCACCAUACCAUUAAAUAUUUUCUGUUACACCUUUAAUGGAAAUA